CAGGCUGGACGAACACUGCACAGCUAUGGAGAAUGAACCAAACACAACAACGUGUUCUGCAUCUACAACUACUGUCACUACCACCUCCACUUCCCGGACACAGCUGCCACAAAUAUCUGUCUACAGCGGCUCUGACAGGCAUGCUGUCCAGGUUAUUCAGCAGGCCUUGCAUCGUCCUCCUAGCUCAGCUGCUCAGUACCUCCAGCAGAUGUAUGCAGCCCAACAGCAGCAUCUAAUGCUGCAGACUGCUGCUUUGCAGCAGCAGCACUUAAGCAGUACCCAAUUUCAGAGUCUGGCAACUGUACCACAGGCAAGCCUGUCAGGUGGGAGGCAAUGUACUUCCCCCACUGGGAGUGUCACUCAGCAGUCAAGCAUGUCGCAGACCUCGAUUAACCUCUCCACCUCUCCUACACCUGCACAGAUAAUAAGCCGUUCACAGACCUCCAACACCACCAGCAGCAGUAUUACCCAACAGACUAUGUUGCUGGGGAGCACCUCUCCAACCCUGAGUGCAAGCCAGGCUCAAAUGUAUCUACGAGCUCAAAUGCUUAUUUUUACUCCUGCAACCACUGUGGCUGCUGUCCAGUCUGACAUUCCCGUUGUCUCAUCAUCUUCCUCAUCUUCCUGUCAGUCUGCAGCUACUCAGGUUCAGAACUUGACAUUGCGCAGUCAGAAGUUGGGUGUAUUGUCAAGUUCACAGAAUGGCCCACCAAAGAGCAGCAGUCAAACUCAGUCAUUGUCUCUGUGCCCUAAUAAACCUGUAACCAGUUCCAAGGGCAGCCAACCAGAUCCAUCAGAAAGCAAUAGAAAAGGCGAAAGCCCAACUCCAGAGUGUCGGAGUACACCAGUCACACGGACAUCAAGCAUACAUCACUUAAUAACACCAGCUUCAUAUUCUCCAUUGCAACCUCAUUCUCUAGUAAAACAUCAGCCCAUCCCACUUCAUUCACCACCUCCAAAGAUUUCCCAUCAUCAGCUGAUACUGCAACAGCAGCAGCAAGUCCAGCCAAUUGCACUUCAGACUCCUUCGGGUCAGGAACCCCCUCCAUCACAGCACUGUCUACCACUCCCAAGCCAUGGUCUUCCUCCAGGUCCCAGCAGUGUCCAGUCUCAUUGCUCACCUAUUCACAUCCAUCCUCCACCUCUGACACUAUCUCCUACGCCAUCUCAGUCAGCUCAGCAGUCUGUAGUGGUAUCCCCUCCACCUUCUCACUCCCCUAGUCAAUCACCCACAAUAAUUAUUCACCCUCAAGCACUUAUUCAGUCACAGGCAAACUCCCUUGUGCCAACAGCUCUUCAGCCAGAGCAGACUGCUCCUCAGCAAACUACUACCAAUCCAGUUCGACCAAUUGCACAGCCACUUAAUCUUCCAUCGCAUCUUCCACUUCCGUCUUCCCCCACUGUACAUAUAGGGUCAGUAGAUCAGCCCAGCUUAGUUUCCCCAGGCCAACAGAUAGUGUCCUCGACACCACACCAGCAAUAUUCAGCCUUGCAGUCCACACCUAUCCCUCUUGCAGCUCCUCCUCAGCUGUCAACAUCUUCAACCCAGAUUCAACAACUGCCGUUGCAGUCUGUGCAGUCUUUACAAGUGCAGCCGGAAAUUCUGUCCCAGGGCCAGGUUUUGGUUCAAAACACUUUGGUUUCUGAGGAAGAACUUCCUGCUGCAGAAGCUUUGGUCCAGCUGCCAUUUCAAACUCUUCCACCCCCACAGACUGUUGCAGUAAAUCUUCAGGUGCAGCCAUCGGUACCAAUUGAAACUCCAGUGAUUUACCAAGUGGAGAAUGUAUGUGAAGAAGAGAUGCCCGAGGAAUCAGUGUCCAUAUGGCUACCCCCUCCGCCCCCCUCUUUUUCUCCACCAGCCAUAACCUUGGGGAAUGGAGAGGCACUUAAUUCAGAAGAUCCUUUGUCAGAACAUGGGGGACUACCUUCAGUGACAUCAUCAGUCAGUGCCUCAGUAAUUAAAUCUCCAUCUGAUCCUUCACAUGCCUCUAUUCCACCACCACCUCUUUUGCUUCCAGCAGCAACAACAAGGAGCAACAGCACAUCAAUGCCCAAUAGCAUUCCUAGCCUAGAAAAUAAACCUCCACAGGCAAUUGUUAAACCACAGAUCCUGACCCAUGUUAUUGAAGGCUUUGUGAUUCAGGAGGGAUUAGAGCCGUUCCCUGUAAAUCGUUCAUCUUUGCUGGUAGAACAGCCUGCAGAAAAAAGAUUGCUAGUGGAGGGUCAAAUCAUGAGUGUGGUGUGUGUUGAAUCAGACUUGCAGAAUACAAAACAUGCAGACAACUCGUCGGACACAGAGAUAGAGGAUAUGAUUGCAGAAGAGGGACUGGAUGAAAUUGAAAAUGAUCUUCUGAAGUGUGAAUUUUGUGGAAAAAUGGGAUAUGCUAAUAAGUUUCUACGGUCAAAAAGAUUCUGCUCCACAUCCUGUGCCAAAAGGCACAGCCUUAGUUGCACUAAGAAAUUUGGGCUGUUUACAUCAGACAAGACCAGUCGCUGGAAUCGGAAAUCGGAUAGCCAAAGUCUUGGGCGACGCGGGCGUCGACCGAGUGGCCCUGAUGGGGCGUCACGAGAUCCUUUUCUUAGACAGCUUCCAAUUACUUAUCCAUCUGCAGAAGAAGAUAUGGCUUCUCAUGAAGAUGCUGUUCCAGCUGCCAUGACCACCCGUCUGCGAAGACAGAGUGAAAGAGAGAGAGAACGUGAACUUAGGGAACUAAGAAUUAGGAAAAUGCCAGAGAGCAUUGACUUGUUACCAGUGGUGCAAGCUGACCCAUCAGUAUGGACUGUUGAUGAAGUUUGGGCCUUCAUACAUUCUUUGCCUGGUUGUCAAGAUAUUGCGGAUGAAUUUAGAGCACAAGAAAUUGAUGGACAAGCUCUCCUCUUGUUGAAGGAGGAUCACCUUAUGAGUGCAAUGAAUAUUAAGCUUGGACCUGCAUUGAAAAUCUGUGCACGUAUCAAUUCAUUGAAGGAAUCCUAGGGGGUGAACAUGAAGGUUUAAGCAACGGUUUCUCAGUGACAGAAUCAACAGUAAUAUGCCAACAUCUUCACUGUGGCAUGAGUGUUACUGUAACGUUUUGUUAUAUAUAUGGGGUUUUCCCCACGUAAAGACUUAAAAAUGUUCCUUUGAUUAUACCAGGUAGUCCUCUGUAGUUUCAAACAAUUAAUAGGUUCAUGGUAAAGCCCGAGUAAUACUUUGAGUUGAAGUGGGAGUUCAUGGAAAAACAUGAAAUGAAAUAUGCGGUGAUAGGUUAAAUAUUCCCCAACAUGUACUUUAUCUUAUAAGUUUAACACCCCAGCACCCACCCCAGUCUAAACGCCAUUUAAAUUGUGUUGCUGUAUUCUGAAAGAUUUUUCCCACAUACAGCAGUUUUUGGACUGAAAUAACAGAAGUGUCCACAGACGCUGUGGAAGCACUAAUAACAGUAAAAUGCUAUGCAUUUAGUUGAGCUCUCUGAGUUUCUUUUAGUCUUGAGCAAAUUGUUUGUAAGGGGUAGGUUGGCAGCCAGUUUUCCUUGUGUAGGCUUACCCUCAUCUCUGCCACUGUAGUAUUUUCUUGAAGUCUGGAAAUACUAUAAACUAUGUAGACGUCUCAUCAAAAUCCUCAUAAUCAGGCUACUGAAAUGCAAUGGCAUGACACUCUUGCCAGAGGUAACUGAAGCACAUGUUACUUUACUCUUUGUAUGCUGCUAUGCACUAAGAGGGCAUUAAGUUGCUAGGUUUGUAGUUUCGCAUGCUGCUAGUUAAACUAGACCAGCAGUUCUCAAAUGUGGGUUCAGAGUGGAUCCUGAGAAGGUGUGAGAACACUCAGGGUUCAGGUUCCCAAAUGCCUAGGCAUGAGGGGCUGAAAACUGCAGCCAGAACUAGCUCAUGUUGAGACAAGGGUACUUUAAAGACUGGAGGUAGAGAAGGGAUAGCAUAGCUCAGAUGCUCUUUUUCUUGAUACCUCUUGUAACUUGUCUUUCCCUGUAGUGCAUUCCCAUUGCCUCAUUGGAAGUUUCCAAGCACCUUUUAUUUGUCCACUGGCUAGCGUGAGCUGGGCUUGCAGUAGCCUGAGGAAGGAGCACAGUGAGUUGCUCAAUGAGGUCCUUUCAGAGCUCGGUGUAGGAGCAACUACUGCCACAGUGAGGGAGUCUGGAGCUGCAGGUGGGCAGGAGUGCCACUGCUAGGCAACUCUGGGAGAAAUCUCUAGGGGCCCUGCUUUGUCCCUCUGGCAGAAGGUUUUGGCUUAGGUGCUGCAGACCUGGGCAGUGGGAUUUUAGUGUCUCCCUCUGUCUUCCCUCUCUUGCACUCUAUGUGGAACAAAUAUAUGUUUCCCCAGUUACUGACACUCUCAGAAGCUGCUUGGGGUCUGAGGCAGCAGCGCCUUCUCGGCCUUUGUUUCCCCAUCACCUGUGUACGGAUGUUUGUGGAUGUAUUUUGUACCUUCUGUUCCCUCCCUUUUGCAGCUCCACUCCCCUUAUGUACAGAUCUAGAUCCCUAAGCUCUUGUAUAGGGAAAGAAGGGUAUGUGUGCUGAUAGAGUCGUUGUGUAUAUUUGAAUUAAAUAUGUGUAUGUGUCUGCAAAUAAUGUAUUUUGUAUUUUAUGCAAAUUAAUGCAUAAUAUAUGAUGUGUGGGGAGAUAUUCAGGGCGACCCUGAAGUAUUCCUGAAAAGAAGAGGAACUGAUCUAAAAUUUGAGAACUGCUGACCUAGAUCAAAAGGAGUCAAUGCGCAUACACUGGCUGAAAGGAAGGUUUAUGACAGGUAGAUUAAUAUGUAUAUUAUUUAACUGAUGACCUUAAAGAGUAAAUUGGGAUUACAGAAAAAUCUGUGCUUCAUUUUCCUUUAAUUAGACUAUUGCUUUGUUUCUAUUAACAGACUUCCUACCAUUAUCUUCCAGAGAUCAACAUUAGAAUCAUUGUUUUUAAUUACAACUGUUUGAGCUUACUAAUAGCAGAUGUUAUUAGUAUUUUUAUUAACCACUGAAGCUCCAAGUUAGGACAACCCAUUGCUGUUACGUGCUAGUAUGUGGUGAGACCCCUUUUCCAAAUGGCACCAAAGGCUUUAGAGAAUUAACUGAUGUCUGGGUUUAUUUUGGAGGGAAGUUGCUAAGCACUUUCUAAUUUGUUUUUUCUGUCUUCAGUUACUGUUGUCAAAUAAACUUCUUAGUUGAAGGUUCAAUGUUUGGCAACGUUCAUUUGAAAGAUAUUCAAAUUGUGGAGACAGUAGGUUCCCAUUUGUAGCAUUUCUGUAAGAUACACUGUGUAGCAUAUCUGUAAUAUAAGUUCUAAAGGAUGCGUUCUGUUUUGAUGAGCUAAUUGAAGACUAAAGAUAUCUUAGAUAUUUAUCCUUUGGCUUUUGUCUUAAAGUUUUAUUAUUUUUAUACGAAAAUUUCACUGGCUAAUUUCUAAUCUGUCUUCUGAUUGUACUGUUCUUUGGCAAUGUAAAAAGUAGAUAUAAGUAAAUGUGAUUUGAUAGUGGCUUAAGGCAUAUUUGAAAACGUGGACUUAUGUUAUGAGUCUUAUUUAGACCUGCAGUUAAUCACAGUGUUGUUACAUGCAUGAGAAUUUCACGGUUGUUUUAAUUUUGCUUUAUUAGCUUUCAGGAGAACUUCUACAGCUAGUGUUUAUAUACGACUCUCAGACAUAAUCACUGACAGAUGCCAGGAGCUCAGAGUAGACCUGAUUAAUGCACGUCUGUUCUGGUUCUUCUGGUACACUACAUUUCUGUGGUUUUGGGAGAGCCACAGAUAGUGAGUUAUACUUUAAAUAUUCAUGAAUGCAGCGGCUAAAAAUGUGGGCCUUAUGCAUAUUGAAAGUUUUUUCUCCUUCACUGAUUUUGGCAUUAAGCAGGAACUUAAAAGCAGACACAGCUAUGCUAACCUAUACUGAUAGAAAUGCACAUGUAUUGGAGUGUUUGCCAGCAUAGCUGUGUCAAUAAAAUCAGUUUAAAAAAAAAAAAUCACACCUGUACAUGAAAGUAGGCUGGAAAACUUCCAAGUGCAACUAAAGUCUACUUCAGGAGUUUUUGAAUUUACUCAGAAAAGCAAUAUAAUACUUAGAGUAAUAUUCCUCCGGAACCAUUUUGCAUACCAAUCGCUUGUUUCUGUUUAGAUCAGUGAGGUUUUCCCAGGUUUAUAUUACCAUUUUCCAUGGCUUUCCCCACAAAUUAAGCUAGACCCUCUUGCAAAAGAGGAAGUAUUGCAGAUUUUAAUUGACUGUUUUUUAACGCUUGCUCCCACUGGAUGUGUCUACAAGAAAUCCUUUUUAUCAUCUUUAUUUCCUGGGGUUUUGUAUUCUGUAGUCAGACUGCUGCUGUUGUGGGCUACAUCUCACGGUAGUCCCUGCAAUGUUUCAAUUCCUUUAGAAAGGAAUACAGGACACCAUAGGAUCUUAGCUCAAAAGGGGGAGAUAUGUUGGAUGGCUUUUUCCCUUCCUUUUUCUCCGCUGGUCUCCAUCCUACCCUAUUCCUUAAUGCAAACUGCAGCAUUAGCUCAGGGCAAAACCCUCUUGCAGAGCACUGGGCUGAAUGUGACUGUCAAGAUUUCUUCCAAUAGAAUUAUAACUAUUACACUUGUCUCAGCUUCAGAGUUUAUUUGGGGUUUUAAAGAAAUGCACCUGAAUGGUCAAAAUGGGUAUGCAGACUCCCCUGUUUAAUCUGGCUCAUAUCGCUCAGCAACCCUGCUUUGCAGCCGAAACAGAGAACUCCAGCAAGGAAGCUCGGCCACCUCCACUGACAAAAGUUCUCUGGGAGCUCUAGGUUGCUCCUUGUUCAAAAACAAGCAUUGCAAAUUAAUUGCUAACUUCUCCCAGCCAACCCGUAUUGCCUCACAUUUGGCACAUUCAUAAGACUUUAUCACCUUGCUUGUAUAGAGAAUGAAAAAUAACCAUCUUGUCUAGUUAAACUGUCAGUUGGCUUGGAUCACCAGAGAAUGUUUGAAGGGUUUUUAAACAGACUGCAUUGUAAAUCCAUUCUUUACCCAUUAAUACAUCGUAUUUUUUUUCCAGAAAUGAAGUUCUUGAUGGAGGGUACAACCUUUUCUAGAUUUGUGUCAAUGAGAUACCUCAAAUAGAAGGUUCAUGUUCUGCAAGCAUCCAUUUCCUCAUUCUUUCCUGUGAAAGCAGUUUUUUUCCCCCUAACUUCUUUUUGGACAAAUCACAAGUGGGAAUCCAGCCCUUUGGAUAGAACAGAUGGAGUCCAUCAUAACUGCAGAUGUGGCAGCAAGAGGAAAGAAAUGGGAUAAAAAUAAGUAUUUGAGCGGGUUUACGAUAGCUUUUGGAUCGCUUUAUCUCGAUCUUAGCUGUAAGGAAAUGUUUAGGUAUAAAACCAUUUCUUAACUGUAGCUCGAAUGCAGGUUUAUGUAGUGAGAGUUUGCUGGGUGUAGUGUCUUGCUCCCUGGCAUACCGGGUAAAACUAAUGCCUAUUUCAGAUGACUGCUCUCAUUUUGGUAUCACAGUAUUAAUGUGGAAGCUUACAGCUCAAUAGCUUAAGAAAUUUCUUACACAUUGACGAAAGUAUAGCUCUAAGUGAUCAAAGAAUUCAAUGAUAGCUGUACUGUGAGUCCUGGUUUUGCAAAUAAUUAGACAUCUACAUAAUUUAUAACAAGUAGUUCUUCUGAUUGUAUUGAGACUAUUCAUAUUAAAAUUAAGCACGUGUAUAAAAGCUUGCAGGGUUAUUUUCUUACCAGUAUUGUACAGAGAUUUCCUGUUAGCAUGUAUUUAGAUAUAUAGUUGUCACUCACUAGCCAGACUUUUACUCAUCAGUUGUUCUAGGCUGCAGAUAAUAACUCUGCAAAAGAAUCAAUCUAGGAUACUUUUUUUUUAACAUUCACCCAAAUUAGUUUAUUAGAGAGGGAGAGAAACUAACAUUUUUAAAGUAUUUUGUUUUAAAUAUACUGUUUCUGUUGAAUGCUGAGUGGAACAGGUAUGGACAGAGCUAUAAAUGCGUAAUUUCAAUGUAAGGUGUUAAUAAUUGCUCGUAGUGAAUUAAUUUUUAAGUCACUUGCACAGUGAGCUGUAGUUUCAGACAGGAAAUAUUGUGAGGAGAAAGAAAUUUAAACUCAUGUAAUGCUUAGUUCAUUUAAGCUAAGCUUAAAUUAAGUCCAUUUUAAAGGAAUUUGCCUUUAGUCAUGAGACUUUAUUUGGACCCUGUCGGUUCUAUGUAGUUAUAUCCACUGGAUGGCUUUGCAAAUAGUGACAUUCGAAAAAGAGAUGGUAAUUACGGUGUACAGAUAAGUGCCUGCUGUGUAGAUGCUAUGUCUACUUUUUCAAAAAGCUGUCCCUAAUGUAGUCUGAGCUGAUGGACAGCCUGUACCCUGCAGUCAGAGCCUGGGACAUAGACUGAAUACAAAAGCAGUUAGCACACAUUACCCUAAUCCAUAUGAGUCAGGCUGAUUUGUUUUUACGGUCUUUGUAACUUCGGAGGAGCUCUGUCACGUGCCAUUUCCUUCUCCAUAUAGAUUUCUAAAUGUGCUUUUUGCCCUGUUGGGUGUCAGCUGUGUUGGCUGGAGCAUUUUGUGUCCUACUUGUCCCCUGGGUCUCAUGGUCAGCACUUCCACAUGUAUUCAAGGCCCCCAUCCUAAGCUGCUGUGUAGGUUUGUGUAACCUCUACAUUAAAACUUACACACACCUGCUCAUUCACUUGAAGGCUGUGCGUAUUAUGUGCUGAUCUCUUAUAGCUAAGUGGAAGGAAAAAACAAAAUUCAAAGACGUGAAUAUGCUUGUAAUUGAAGGUAUGUAGUAAGCUAUAGUUUAGCUUUUGUAGCCAUUGAUCUAACUUUUCCAAAGCACAGUUCUGGGAGUCAGUGUUAUGAACAGAUUUCAAGUUAAAAAAUUUUAAACUUCCAGCAUGUAUUAGCUUCCUGCUGAAUUAUCCAGUUAAGGAGCUAGAAAAAGGAGGUCUGAAGAGAUUUUUUUCCAUCUAGAAAGAAUUAGAAUUUGAGCACAAUUGUACAUUCAUAGAAUGGUGAUCAUAAGUAUCGUUUAAGUGCAAUACAUAACACUUAAGGAGCAUUUUAAUUGUGCGUAAAAAGCACUGUAUUGUUACGUAGGGUUGUUGAAAGGCUUAAUUGUUCAUAGGUACUAAAUCAGGGUAUCCUUGCUGAUUAUGGGAUUAGGCUAGAAGCACAAAUAUAAUUGAUUCAUGAGGCCUAUCUGCUUUGUGGGUGAAGUCUGGUCAAGCUGUGGGAAGACUCGUGUUGUCCUCCGCUACCUGGCCAGCGUAUCGGCAGCCAGGAUGUUGCCAUCCUCUGGCAGCUUUUUGCAAAGUCGAUGCUUGAAAGAACAAUGAGAUAGUCUGCGCACCCAACUUCCUUUUUAAGUAGUCUUUGUGUUACAGUGUUAGCAAACCAGUACUGAUCAGGAAAGAUGAGUGUAAAGAAUGAAGGGUUUUAUUAAUGAGUGCCAAAUACUUCUAUUUAGAGUUGAAAACACAUAGAAUAUCUCAUUAAAAUCAAUGUUGAUUUUUAAGGGAUUCUUUAUAUGAGGAAAGUACCGAAGUUUCUCAUAAAGGGUUAACACUUUAGCCGCUGUUACCAUUAAUAUAAAAUAAUCCUAUAAGAAUUAAAGACUGUAAAGUAUUUGAAUGGUAUAAGGCCAUUAGUUGCUGGCACAGCGCAAGGAGUAACGUACAGAGGAGAUAACAGCAGUGGUUGUCUGUAGUUCUUAUUAUUUCAGAUAUUACCACCUUCCUAGCAUAGCUUCUCUCCUCUUUCCGUCUGGCAGUGAAACUGUAAUCCUGUUCUACACAGUAAUGGUUUAUGGUUAUAUGGCUGGACUCAAGGUUCAGUGUUAGGACUUCCCAGAAACGCUAGAUAAAAGAAAAUGCAGAGGAAGACUUAGUCGUCAGGAGGGUAAUAGGAUAAAGAUCACUUCACAACUGGUAUCUCCCUCCAUAAAAAGUCAAGGAUAAAAGUGGGCUUACAAAGAGAGCUACUAUUAAUGUAUUUUAAAAUAGUUGCUUAGCAGAUGCCACAGUUGGAUGCCAUGUGAAGACCUGUAGUGCCACUAGUACCUACUCGGUGGGUGUAGUGACAGCCUAAAGGAUGAUGCUCUUUGGCACUUUUCCCCAAAGAGCAUGGAAGAACGAAUUUGAUAGUAAUACACUGAUUUAACAUCAGUACAUUAAUAUUUGCUUUGGCUGCAUGUUGUGGCUUCCCUGUAAAAAACAAAAUGUUAAAAACUUAAAAUGGCUUUAGAAGCACUGCAGCAACUAUGGGAAUUCUGCCACAUCAGGAUAGAUGGAGGUGUGUAAACUUUAAUUACAGGUUGAGAAGCUGAACCACGCUGGUAAAUAAAAUACAUCAGCAGCCUUACCCCAACGUCUUGCAGUUCCAGUUCUGUAUACGUUAAUGAAUCAGAAGGGUGAGACUAACCACAUGAAACAGAAGCAUCUGAAACGCAUGUUCUUGAAAAUAACUUUGCCUUCAUCUGGUGUUAAAUGAAUUUUAAAUUAGGAAUUUUCCCUUGCCUUCUGAGUCUGUAGGGAUUAGUUACGUCAUGAUCUUCUGAAAUGCCUGGUGCAUUACUAUAUUUGAGAUAUUUGCUGGUUUUUAAAUGGCAUUAGGUUUUGUAAAGUUUGUCAACCCCAUUUCAGUGGGUGUCCAGUUUAUAUAAAACCUGAAGAAAUGCUGUUCUCAAGCGCUAAAUAACAGCAAUUACAAUUUGAGAGAGCAGGGAGUGAUUGCUUAAGAUUUGUUUUUCAAGUUAACAUUGUACGUGCUUUCCUACUUUUAACAUGGAAAUAGAAUUUCCUCCAAAUACCUUUUCCAGCAUAAAGGAUGAAAUAAUUUGUGGUGCCAAACUCUUCAAACUGUGUUGCUAAGCAUUGCCUCCUCUUAUUGCACUAGUUUUAAAAUUCCGGUUUUGAUCAUUUACUGUCCUUUCAAUGGCCUUUUUAACAAAUUUUCUCCAAACUAUUUUCUACUUCUUAAAAAUGCUCAUGUCCUUUUGGUUACAUCACUGAAACCUUAAAGAAAUUUACCACAGACUGUGGGUGAAAGAAGCACUAUAUGGGGUGAAGUAAUAAAUCAGAAUGAUGAUUGGUCUUUGAUAUAGUGCAGAAAUGUAAGAUUAAUAUAUGAUUGAGAUGUGAUUGUGUAUUCUUAUGGAGUGAUAUACUGGAAUAUUCUUUUACAAGAAAUUUUAGCCCACAUAGCAUUAAAUUCUGCAAUUAAAUCUAUAUCUAUAGUUGAUAUAUAAUAAAUUAUAACCCAAAAAUUAAAUUUUACAGUUGAAGAGCACAUAGUGAACUAUGUAAAAAAUACGAUCUUUGU